AUGGCAAGCUUAGCUCUUUUUCUGACUUUAGCGGGCACCCUAGUUGGCCAGGUCAUUGCGCAGGCCCCACAGUAUGGACAGUGUGGAGGCCAGGGAUGGUCAGGAGCGACGACCUGCGUCUCUGGAUGGACUUGUACAUACUCCAACCCAUAUUAUUCCCAAUGCCUUCCCGGAGCUGCCUCCAGCAGUGCACCCCACACAACAUCAACCGUCCCCGGAGGGUCAACCACGGCGCCAUCGUCAACGACAACCGCAGCUGGUGGAUCAUCCACUCUCCAGGCGGGAUACUCAUUCAUAAGAGCUGUUGAAGAUCCAAAUUUCCACAAGUACCUGCAGUCUGAGGUGCUCAACACUGCGUCGGAUGCCGUACUCGGAGAACCUAGCACGGCCGCUCAGUUCCAGAUUACUGGAGGACAACUGAUCCAGAACGCUAACGGAAAGAACCUGUAUGCUGUGGUCGAGCCUCGUGCAAAUUCUACAGUGGUGAAGCUAAAAGUUUCGUGGUCAACUACGCCAGCCACCAGCGGCACGUUUGUUUUCAGUGGCGAUACGGUUGAGUGGAGCAACCCCAGCAUCACACGACCACAGAACAAUGCAUGGCUGGUUUGCCCAGAUGCUGCAGGCAACAAAGACUUGUAUGUUAACCUUGGCGCGUACUCCUACCAGACACCAGCUGGAUGCGCUGACGAGACUAUCCACGCCUACACUGGAGCGACUGCCACAGCGUAA